AUGGGAUUCACUAUUGUUGUUGGAUGCGACGAGGCUGGCGUUGAUUACAAGAACAGAAUCAAGGCCGAUCUCGAAAAGUCCCCUCGAGUCGACAAGGUCAUUGACGUUGGUGUCAAGGCCUCGGAAGACAAGACCGCCUACCCCAACAUUGCCAUUGCUGCUGCUGAGAAGGUGGCCUCCGGCGAGGCCGACCGAGCCAUUCUCAUCUGUGGUACCGGUCUUGGUGUCGCCAUCUCCGCCAACAAGGUGGCCGGUGUUCGAGCCGUGACUGCACAUGACUCCUUCUCCGUCGAGCGAUCCAUUCUUUCCAACAACGCCCAGAUUCUCUGCAUGGGCCAGCGGGUGGUUGGAAUCGAGCUUGCUCGACGUCUGGUGGCCGAGUGGCUCACCUACGAGUUUGACCAGACCUCUGCUUCUGCCGCUAAGGUUGCCGAUAUUGAGACCUACGAGAAGAAGCACAUUGCUGCCUAA